UAGAAAGGCUCUAGGCUGUCUUUAAAAUGUCAUCAGUAAAACAUACUUUAUUCUAAAUCCUCGCAGUUCUUCAGGCCAUCCAGGCAUGAAAUACUGUCGCCUACCCACAUCGGCUGGAGGUAACCCUUGUCAAAGUGUUAUUUGCCUGCUAUAUGCCUAGACCAAAGCGUUCUGUGUGGACAGUGUCACUGGAGAGGGCUGAACGACAUGUCCAGGGCACAGAUCACAGCUCUGGUGGCUGGUGUCGGAGGAUUUGGAGCUCUUGUUGCUGCCACCACGUCCAAUGAGUGGAAAGUAACCACCCGAGCAUCGUCGGUGAUAACAGCCACUUGGGUUUACCAGGGUCUGUGGAUGAACUGCGCAGGUAACGCGUUGGGUUCUUUCCAUUGCCGACCACAUUUUACUAUCUUCAAAGUAGAAGGUUAUAUCCAGGCAUGUAGAGGACUUAUGAUUGCUGCCGUCAGCCUGGGCUUUUUUGGUUCCAUAUUUGCACUUUUUGGAAUGAAAUGUACCAAAGUUGGAGGUUCAGAUAAAGCCAAAGCUAAAAUUGCUUGUUUGGCUGGGAUUGUAUUCAUACUGUCAGGGCUGUGCUCGAUGACCGGCUGUUCCCUAUAUGCAAACAAAAUCACAACGGAGUUUUUCGACCCUCUCUAUGUUGAGCAGAAGUAUGAAUUAGGAGCUGCUCUGUUUAUUGGAUGGGCAGGAGCCUCACUCUGCAUAAUUGGCGGUGUCAUAUUUUGCUUUUCAAUAUCUGACAACAACAAAGCACCCAGAAUGGGCUAUGCAUACAAUGGCCCCACGUCUGUCAUGUCUUCCCGGAGCAAGUAUCCAGGUGCAGAAGAUUUUAGGACCACAAACCCUUCAAAACAGUUCGAUAAAAAUGCGUACGUGUAGAAGAGCUCUGCUGGCAAGCUGUAUUUUGGGUUUGUUAUAAAAAUGAACUGUUCCCACAGUUAUCCCAUCAAGACUCUCAUAUAAUUGACACUCAAACUGUUUUUAAAAUAUGAAUUUUAUGUGUAGAUUGUUGAUGGAUGUAAAUGUUCUUACAUAGUUAUAUACUAAUCAUGUUCUGUUGUGACUUUCUAUAAAAAAAAUAAACAGGUUAUUUACA